GCAGAGGUUCUUUCCCAUUUAUGGUCUAUCUGACAGUCCUGACAAGGCUGGUCUUUAGUUUGGUCUCCAGGCAAGCAGUGACUGUGGGGGAGGAGGGAUGUUGUGCUCUGCAGCAACAAGGAGUGGGGUAGCUCACUGCCUUAGGCUUGACCUUUUAAUUUUCCAGGGAGGGAAAAAUGAAACAAGAGUUUUAAACUUUGAGGACUCAUCAUGGAAGACUCAGAAGAACAUCACUUCAGCUCAGUGGAGGAGGAAACCAGAUACUGGAAAGAUUUGGCUAUGAAGUACAAGGAGUGUGCUGAGAAUACACAGGAGGAACUGCGUGAAUUCCAAGAAGGGAGUCGAGAGUAUGAAGCUGAACUGGAGACUCAGCUGCAGCAAACAGAGUCCAGAAACAGAGACCUUCUGUCAGAAAACAACCGUCUGCGGAUGGAGCUGGAGUCAGUGAAGGAAAAGAUUGAAAUGCAGCAUUCAGAAGGAUACAGGCAAAUCUCUGCGCUGGAAGAUGACUUGGCACAGACAAAAGCUAUUAAAGAUCAGCUUCAGAAAUACAUUCGAGAACUUGAGCAAGAAAAUGAUGACUUGGAAAGAGCAAAAAGAGCCACUAUAAUGUCUCUGGAGGAUUUUGAGCAGCGUUUAAACCAGGCUAUUGAAAGAAAUGCUUUUCUGGAGAGUGAGCUGGAUGAGAAGGAAAACCUUCUGGAGUCUGUGCAGCGCCUGAAAGAUGAAGCUAGAGACCUGCGCCAAGAGCUUGCAGUGCAGCAGAAACAGGAGAAACCCAAAACACCGAUGCGGGCGACCCUGGAAGCAGAAAGAACAGACACUGCAGUUCAGGCUUCCUUGUCUGUGCCUUCAACCCCCUCCCUGCGCCGGACACCCAUCAGCAUCCCCACCCCUGUGACGUUUAGGAGAGGUCUGGAGGACAGUUAUGGUGCAACCCCUCUCACACCUGCUGCAAGAAUAUCUGCACUUAAUAUUGUGGGAGACUUGCUGCGAAAAGUGGGGGCUUUGGAGUCCAAACUUGCAUCUUGCCGAAACUUUGUGUAUGACCAGUCUCCAAACAGAACCCCGGUGUCCAUGUACAUGAACAGAGAUGUCCUUGAAACGCACCUCAGUCCUCACCCGCCUCUCUGUGACACAGGGUUAGCGAAACGCCUGGAGUUUGGAACACGGCCUUCAAAUAUUCCAGGACCAAUGAGCCAUCCCUCACAAAGUGUUGUCAAGAUGCUGCUAUGAAAAGCCUGGCUGGCUUUGGAAAAGGAAAAGAAAAUGUAUAUUUCAAACUUUAGUUUUAAAGAGAAUAUCAAUGAGCAAACAGGCAGCAGUCUCAGGGUAGGUGAGAACUGAACACAGAGCUACAAUUGUCCUCCUGCGGCCUUGCCCAGUCUGGUGGGUGGGUAGUGUGACAAAGCAAUGCUGCCUGGCACUGCAGGACUGAGAACUGCUUCCUGCAUCAGCUGCUGUAAAUAGCUCCUUGAAGGUUGCUUCUUUUGACACUGCCAAAGCCACUGCCCUUCUACCUACAGCAAAGACAGUAUUCCCUAUGUGCAUCCCCUCAGGCUUUGGCUUUAGUGUUAAUACAGGACCAGGGUGUUCUGGCUUGAAUUGUGCUUUCUGUCGUGGGUGUUGUGUGCUGCAGUCACCCAAAUCAGGGGAGUGUUUUUAUGUGGAGAAAGGUGUAUUUCUGCAGGGAAGCUGCUCAGCUCCUUGUGGGAUAUUUUGGUCCUAAUGUUGCUGCACAAAACCCUGGCUCUGUAGUGGCAAGAUGUUUCUGUAAGCAAUGAUUUGCCACUAAGAACAGGUCAUGGUUAAAUGUGAGACAUUCCCAGUGCUGAGUGCUCAGGAGAUCCCAGAGCAAGGUGAGGAACUUGAGAGUGACUUAACAUAUCUUUUUUUUUUCUUUCUGACCCAUAAAGUCUAGCAGUUGUAGGAAGCCAGAGACCUGAUUAAGUUUCUAGUUCUAACAUCUUGACAGAUGGGUUUUACUGCUUUACUAACUUCCCUUUAUUAAUGUGCCUUGGGUGUUAGUGAUUUUUUUCUUGUUUUGUUUUUCUAUGCGAAUAUAUGCUUUCAGCUGUUACUAAUAUAGAAAUGGUUUUUUAAUCUGAAAAGUCUUUUAUGCUAGACAAGUGUAUAUGAGUAGAGAAUUAUUUUUAAAUUGCUUUUUUCCCCUGUAGAAUAUUACUGCAUUUGAAUUUGUUUUUCAAAUGGAGUAGGUUCACUCACAGUGUUGAUGUAUUUUAUGGAAGCCUCUACUUGCAAAAGUAAUCAUGACUAAACAAUUUUUAUGGUGGUUUUUUUGGGGGGGGAUGGGGAGAGCUUACUUGACAAAAGAAUACAUAAAUGGGUUUGGUGUUUUUUUGGGUUUUGUUUGUUUGGGGUUUUUUUAAGAAAAUGCUAUGAAAACAGCCACUGAUGCAUAUUUCUCUGGAAUAUGAAAUAACCACAGAUCAUUUCCAUUCUUCAGUCCACCUACAAAGUUGGCUUAACUGGGGAGCAGAAUAAAGUUUAUUUUGAAUGCUA